AUGGCGUUGACGUCGAAGAGAAAACGGUCAGACGCAGAAAAUGGCAACGACGAUCGAAAACGUGCCAAAUUAAACGAUAAAGAUAUACAAGAUAUCAUAAACAUGGUAAGACAGAAUAAUUUAACUGGGAAACGAAGUAUGUUACACCUAGACGUAUAGCUGAAAUAGCUCAAAUGGCAAAUGAGAACAUAAAUCAAAGAAAUAAUUCAAGGCGUUCUACAGGAAGAAUGAGUUAUAAUAUUGAAGACCGCGAUAUUAGAGAAAUAGUAAAUUUAGUAAAAAAAAACCAAAUCAAAACCUACCACAAAGAACGCACAUUCACAGAUGCUUGGGUUAUAAUGAAUAUAUAUAUGAUGUAUCAAUAGGGGCAAAUAAUGUGAGUACAUUGCCCGAUUUUUAAAAUAAUUUAUGUCAAGUGUUUAGUUAUUUAAUUAAUGUUAUGGAAUUUAUAGCUAGUUCACUUACAGAUAAAGCACGUUUUUACAUCUCAAGAGCCCCCCGCACAGCGUUUUCCACAGCUGUUUUAAAUGUUUCGGAUUUUAAUAUGGAAAUGUUUUUCAACAUUUUUGAGCAUCACAUGCAAAGCAAUGCCAAAGAGGUGAUCGAUAAUGGUUGGAGUAGCACGAUUAGUUUGUACAUUUUUCCAAAUAAUUAUGUGCCACAAUUUAUAAAAACUUAGGUAAAAAUGGUUCUGAAAUUGGUGUAAAAAAAAGAAGAGGUGUAAAAAAACCUGCCGAAAAGCAUGGUCGUGAUGUUCGAUAUGACGUUUUUCAAAUUACCGGUACUACAAAUUGUUGCUUUGCAUUAGCAAUACUUGUUGGACGUUCGUUUCUUGAGAAGGACGAGAAUUACCAAAGAUUAAACAAUAAACGUGACACACAACUUGACCAACUAUAUACGGGUGAACAAAUUACAGACAUAUACACGAAAUGUGGUUUGGUUGCAGGGGGCAUACGUGGUGAUCAAUUGCAUAUUGUUUAUGAAAAUUUACUGAGCGGUAACAAUAUUGAUUUAGUCGUUUUUUCCAAGCAACAAAACUAUACAAUUGUUUAUGAUUCGCGGUUAGAUGAAAUUGGUAUGAUACAUCGUGUUACAAAUAAUGUAAUUUUUUUAUGGUUGAACAACGGGCAUUAUGAUGUUAUACUGUCACCUUAUAAAUUUUAAAAAUGUGCUGCAAAUAUAUAUUGUUUUUGUUGUAUGCGCUAUUUUCGUAGGUGGGAAAAUAAGGGUAGCCAUGUUUGUCAAACAGUGUACAGUUGUCAGAAUUGUUAUUCGUCGUAUAAUGGUUGUAAGGACGAGGAUGGAUUUUUUCAACAAUGUCCGAUGUGCUCAGUUUUUUUAAAAAAUAAAGAAUGUUAUACACUGCAUUUAACAAAAAAAGUUUUUAAAAUUUCUGAAAACAAAUACAAUACACCAUGUAAUCAUAUGUUUUUCUGCAACACCUGUUAUAAAAAAGUGCCAUGAAUGACAAAUAUAACAUCGAAAAAAAGAACAAAACAUAAAUGCAACACAGCAUUUUGUGCUCAUUGUAAUGCGAUUAAGGAAAAAAGUCAUGAAUUUUUUUAAUUUUGAAACACACAAAGAUGAAAACAAUUAUAUGGUACAUUUUUACUGUGUAGUUCAAAAAACGUGUCAGCAAUGUGAUGGAAAACCCUUUGUGAAAACGUAUGAGCAUUUUUUACCAGACCCUGCAGAACACUAUUGCGAUAUAUCUGUUGAACCUGUUUCAUGUUGUGGGUAUAGACAGUAUGUUUUUGAAAAAAAAACAACGAAGACAUUGUAGCCGAUCUUAUGAAUUUUAUGUGUAAUCAACCCAAAAAUAGCGUAUGGAUCGUGCACAAUGGCGGGCGUUUUGACACUGUUUUUCUACUGCAAGAACUAUUAGUUGAACGGAAAAUAGUCCCUAAAGUUAUAAUGAAUGGGAAUAAGAUCAUGUGUAUGGAAUUGGAAGAUUGAAAUCUUAAAGUGAUUGAUAGUUUUUUAUUUCUAAGUAUGGCACUUAGUAAAUUUACUGCCGUUUUGGGUAUUAAAGAUCUUGCCAAGGGUUUUCACCCCUAUCAUUUUACAGAUCUUACAUAUGUUGGACCGAUGAUUGGUUUAGAAUAUUUUGAUCCACCCCCUGAGGGUUCAAAAUGUGAAAAAUUUGACCUGUGGUAUGAUGCACAAAAACGGAAAACAUAUGUAUUUAAAGAGGCUAUAUACUAUUACUGCCCAUUAGAUGUCGACAUACUACGUCAGGGUUGUAUAAUUUUUGCUAGAUUAAUAAAAAAUAUCACUGGGGUGUUUCCAUUUUACGAUAAAACAUGUCACACUGCAGAAUUUCAAUGCAGGUUUAGCAUUAAAAAUUUACCGUAG